CAUAUCAAAUGAUGCCAUAUUAAAUUCCCCAACUGGUGGUAAAAACAACAGCGGCAGAUACUCACCGAACAUGCAGCUAAUUAUUUUUAGAAUAUGUGGUCAAUUGGCUCAUCAUUGAGCGAUGAAGUUAGUUCCGCCGAAUUUUCCUGUAUAAAUAAUGAUCGUUAUCGUAACUUUGUGACUGGCUUACAUUUGCAAUCCCUAACUCAACGACACCAUUUUCACCAACAGAAGUCAUCGGCUCAUCGGGUUCAUCCAAAAACCCAGCAGCAACAAAAUAACUUGCGAAAUAAUAUUUCCAAUCAACAACAUGAUGCCAGACCGUUGCAUCAAACUCAAGGUUAUCAUAUCUACCAUGCAACCCAGGAAGAACAUCAAAAAUUAUUGCUUGAACAGCAAAACCAACCAGCACUGGGUCAAGAUAUAUUUGGAGUUAACGCCAUUCUGAGUAAUACAGAUAAAUAUUUCAGUCAUAAUAUUGAAUGCCGUAAUGAUGGAGGAGAUACUUACAAACACCAACUCUUCAAUACGCGUCAACAGGCGGAACAACACUUAAAUAUCAGUCGACAACAUCCACAUGCAACAAGAUCUGAUAUAUCAUCUGAUGAAGUAUCGAAUCAUAUAUACAUCCAACAUAAUGGUCACGAAAUUGAUGUUAAGUAUACUCCCCCCCACAAAACUAUUUACAAUUUCGAAACACAAAACUUGAAUAAACCUGAUGUUAAUCACCGAAACAAAAGAUCAGCUGAUAUCAGUUUCUCAAACACACACAAAACUGUUAAUUCGAAAGAAGAAGGUUCCGGCAUUGUGGAUUGUGAUCGAGAGGAUAUUAAGCGGAAACGUAAGAAAUGUCAUAUGUCUUCUAUGGAUUACGAUGAUGUUGAGAUCAAAGCAGAGGCAGAUUCAGAAUCAGAAUUAAGAAACAUUGAUAUACCUUUGCGUAAUAAAUCAUACUAACAAAAAUUCUUGAAAAUAAGUUAAGCAAGUGUAUUAAAACAUUAAAUAAAUAUAUUUACAUAUAUAAGGAUAAUUCUAAAGGAUAUGAAAAAUUGGCAAUGCAAAAAUUGUAAUAAAAUUUUAGUUUAAGAGAAAUAUAUUAAAAUUAUAAUAAAUACAACUUCCCAUUAACAAUACUCAACUAUAGAAAGAAAGAUUUUUACUUAUUAACCCAGCAACAAAUAAUUGAUGUCAUACUUUACAAACAACAUCUUAAUCACAUCUAAAAAUGCGAUUUCAUAUUUUUCGCUUUUAUAAACCAAAUAUUUAAUUACAAAUGACACCCACAUAAAAGAAGAAUGAAAUGUAGAAAAGUCACUAUAAACAACAUAUUCGAAGUACAUCAAAUUUUGGUGAAAGACUAACGAAAUUUACAUAAG